AUGUCUUUUAAAUUUAGCUGGCCAGAAUUCACCACAGAAUUCGUGGAGCAAGCUAAACAACUUUUAACGACAGCUCUUAACAAAAGCAGUAAGCCAGUGAAUAUAGUGGAUCCUAUAGUCGUCAAAGACUUGAACAUGGGAACAAAGCCGCCUGAGUUGGAGAUUAUGGAAAUUUGUGAAUUAGCAGUUGAUAAAUUUAGAGGAAUAUUUAAAUUGAUAUACAGUGGUGACGCACAUUUAACUUUACAAACAAAAGUGCAG